AUGUCUGUGUGUAUGCGCCCUUUAUUCUUCGCCGUCUGGUGGGCGCCCAUGGGGAGCGGCGGCUGGGAAUGGGCGGACGGAGCUCCCCUGUCGACCUGCAGCUACACGAACUGGGCCCCCGGACAGCCGGGCAACAUCGGGGGACAGCAGUGCGUCAUGCUGAAGGCAGCAGCCGGCUUCAAGUGGGACAACGCCGGGUGCAGCCAGAAGAUGUACUUCAUCUGCCAAACAGGACCGGGAGAUACGGACGCGUGUGGGGGACAGUCAGCACGAGAAGUCGAAGCAGAUGCCGACCCGGAAAACGCCUUCAACGCGAUGCGGUCCUCCCUCCUGCAGGAGGAAGCGGCGCUGUCCGACCGCGAGGCCGACAAGCUCCGCCGCUCCGAGUCCGAGACCGACUUCCACGGCCUGUUGCGCCUGAGCGAGCUGAGGGCCGCGCUGGAGGCGGAGACCGAGUACGGGCCGGGGGCCAUGGAGAAGCUGGGCCAGAUCUCGCGAGAGCUCGGAGAGGUUUGGCAGGCGGAGGAGGACCCGGAUGUGGAUGACGACCAGGCUGAUGAAAUCCCGCGAGAGUUCAACGUGGUUUGGCAGUCGGAGGAGGAUCCAGAUAUCCAGAUGUGGAUGAGGAUGAGGACCAGGUUGAUGAAAUCCCGCGAGAGAUGGGCGAGACUUGGGAGGAGCAGGAGGCUGAGGAGGAUGAAGACGCCACCACAACUGUGAUGAAAACAGAGGAGGAUGAGGAUGAGGAGGAUGAAGACGCCACCACAACUGUGAUGAAAACAGAGAAGUAUUCAGAAAACUUGUAACCAGGAGAAAGAGACUUAGAUAGAGGGGGGAGAUGGGGGGAGAGAAAAGAGAGGGAUUGAGAGAAAAAGAGAGGGAGAGAGCGAGAGAGAAGGAGAGAGAUGGAUAGAUAGUCUAGUUGUAUUCACAGGACAUGUUAGUUUAAGUUACGACUUACGAUUUUUCAUGGUGAUAAAACACAGCGGUUUUCUGUGCAUCUGAUAUAUCAAAACGUGUUGUUCUCUAAAAGUUAUAGUUAAGAUGAUGAGAAUAUUCUUGGUGAAACUAACAAAAGUUAGAGAAGACAAUUUACUGUACAGCAUGUGUCGUUCUUUUUAGUAGUUUGACAAUAGCUAAAGCACUGAUGUAAGGGCUGCUUGUUGUAAGUAUGUCCGUUGAUUUCGGGUGAUUAAAAUGGUUGCAAAUGGCAA